AUGAUCCAUCAGAAAGAUCAGACUCUGACCGGAAGUAAGCCCAUGGAGGGGCAGAGAAUGGUCUUCCGGGUUCCGAACUACAAAUCAAACAAUGCCCUAACGCAUGGAUCUUCGACCGAACAAGUCUAUCAUUCCCGACGAGCACAUCGCAAAUCCCGUUCGGGCUGCGCGAACUGUAAACAGCGAAGAGUCAAGUGCGACGAAGCCAAGCCCCAGUGCCUUCGAUGCCAGAAACAUGAUGUCGAAUGUGACUAUUCCACCAAGCCUGUAAAACUAAAAGGCAACAACAUUGUAGCCCAAUUCAUCGAAACAAACCCUGAGUUGAUCUCACUCGACUCCUUGGCUUCAUCAAUGUCCCUAAUGAUGGUAUCCGAGAAAUUAAACGAGCUAUUACGACCACCUCCAGGCAGUGGCGCCAAAAUACCAUCCUUUCUCACAGAUGCUUCAGCAACGAGUCGCACGAUAGAGGCCCUCCACCACUUCCACAAAGGCCCAGCAUUCUCGACCGAAAGCCAAAAGACAUUACGCAUAGUAAUGGGGAAAAUGGUCCAACUAGCUUUCGAAACCCCCUUCCUCAUGCACGCCAUAAUAGGAGCAGCAACAACGCACCUCUGCACACUCCUUCCAAACAACAAAGCCUACCGCUUAGCGGAAGCCUACCAUUGGCAACAAACAGUAAAGCAAUACUCACAAGAAGUCUCAACAAGCAUAACGUCCCAAAACAUGGACAAACUCUACUCAGCCUGCAUGAUGGUCUCAAUGCACUCCUUCCACCAAGAAACCUUCUCCCCACGCUCCUCCUUCGUCUUCUCGCCCGACCCAACAGCCCUAACAUGGCUCCGCCUUCAGGGCGGACUCCGCUACCUCCUCGAGCGAACACACCCCUGGUUACCGCAGAGUAUGUGGUUCGCGACAUUUAUGGAAUCGCGAGAUCCAGCCUUCAAUUUCGACGAUGAGCGGGCUGGAAGGGUCGGUGUUGAUUCCGAUUUGGCCGAUUUGUGUGGUAUCACUGAGGACUCUACUGUUUGUAAUACGCCUUAUUUGUGGCCGUUACGAAUUUUGACCCGGAUUCUGGGACUUGAGCGGUGCUCGGAUAGUUUUAAUAAGUACACUACUUGGAUGGGGAGGCUUGAGGGGCCUUUUUAUGAGUGCUUGCUUAGGAAGGAGGUUCCUGCGCUUGUUUUGCUUGCUUGGUGGUUGGGGCUUAUGUGUUUUGUUGAGGAGUGGUGGGUUAAGACGAGGGUUCGUUCCGAGUGUACUGCUAUUUGUAUGUUUCUUGAGGGGAGUUGUGAUUUGCUUGUUUUGAGAUUGUUGGAGUUUCCGGCUUCUUGUUGUGGGUAUACAUUGAAGCAUCAGCGGGAGGGAAAUUUGUUUGAGACCGCCGAUGAGCUUGUUCUGUUUGACACAACUGGCCUGGAGGAUGUGAUUAUAUAG